GGUCCAUCAUGCCACCGUGCCUGCCUUGCGGAUCAGAGCUCUUUGAAUGCCUGUUGGGGUAUCCCUCUUAAGAACUUCUGGGGGGCCAAUUGGGACUCACUAAACACCUCUUUGGGACAUUAGGGCGUUGGUGAUGCCCCCAAACACGCGACAGAACUGCAAUGAGACGGUCACGACUGCUGUGGAUGGUGAAGAAAUUCGUUAUCAAUUUACGGACGAAUGUUCGAACGUUGACUCGGAAUCAAAAGAUGUGCACGACAUGUGGGGUAAUGCCAAAAACACGCCAUAACAUGUGCAACAAAGAUGCUACAGCGCCAGGGCAGUACCACGCGGCCGCCUUGGAUAUCACUUGGAUUUGAUAAAGCAAUGAAGCCAAACAAUAUUACGUAGCCAUACGGAAGAAUAAUCUAGACGGUUGAAAGAGAUACGGGAAUUAACUAAAAGCAUCAAAACGGAAUUUGUGGACAAGCAGAUCCAAGGAAGGGAUUGGACAUCCUUGAAAAGAAUAUGCCAUGCCGGUCGAAGCCCCACAAACAAGACAGACUACGUGAUCUACGAGGCGAGCUUGUUGAUAUCGAAGAGGUGGACACGAUGGCCGAGUAUUUGGAAUCAGAGUAAUGGACAGUCCGGCCAGCCAGCAACAGUGUUGGAUCGAGCACUACUCGGAGACGCCUGUGCACAUCACCGACACCAAUUUUUCAGACAAAGAUGUUGGAUUCGUAAUCUCAAAAUUGAAGCGGUGAACAACGUCUGGACUGGAUGACAUAGCAACGGAGUGGGCAUUGGCAAAAGACCGUAACAAAUCCAUACUAUUGACCUGUAUUACUUCGCUGAUCAACGCGUGCUGGAAAGAAAAGCAAGCGCCGACGGAAUGGAAACAUCCGACAUCACGGCCAUGUACAAAAACAAAGGGCCAAUCGAUCAGAGGGACAAUUACAGCCCUACCAGUCGAUUGUAUCAUUUGCAAGCUAUCUGCGACGCUAGUGCUGGGGAGACUACAAGACGCGGGGGCCAAGAGCAGACCGACAACGACACAAUUCGGUUUCAAGAGAAGGAUGGGCACCACCGAUAAAUUUCAUGUUGUGCACAGACAUGUCUAGCGUCUUCGAUCACACGCGGAACGGGAAGGACCAACCACUAUGAAUGCGCUGGACUGGAAGAAAACAUUCGACUCGAUCAACGUGACCGUUCUUUUGGACGCAUUGCGGUUUGUGGUGUACCACCACACAGUCUUUCACUCAGAAAGCACACGUGGACAGAAAUCACGCACCCUAAACCGACGAUCGGGAAUUGGGCAGGGUUGUCCUCGAUCGCCAUUCCUCUUUGUCAUGGUGACGAGUUUGGUUCCAAAGAACGCAGAAGACAAACUGGACGAGGCAUCGUUCACAGCUCUUGCUGGUAAUGUGGUUGUUCUUUGUACGUCGAUGACUCCCCCUUGGCUGGACGGCACGCUGGUCAACUAUAGGAUGCAAAUGCAGCAGCAGGAGCAGAAGUGGGGAUGAAGCUUUAUAGGGUAAAUUUCAGCUUAUAAACAGGCUGCGACAUGCAAAGUUGAGCCCCAGAUGGC